GUCCAUGAUAAGAACUUCGAAUAGUCGGUAACUUAUUGUCGUAGGUGUAUGAUGAUUACGUAUACGGCUCACGGCUUUAUUUUCUUCUGUCAUUCUAAUGUCAAAUUGGCUGUCAUCAAUAAAUUAUUUACGGAGGUAGGGGAGACUAGAAGCGAGUUUUGAACAAAUUGUGCGCAGUGUACCUCGAAUUCGCUACCAUACACUGCUGCAUGUUGAUACACAGUUCAAAAGGCUUGGAUAGUGUAUUUGGAGCAGUGAAUUAAGUGAAAAUGAGUAAGAAGCCACUUGAUCCGGCACUACGUAACCGGGUCAUACGGUAUUUGCAUACUGGAAAUGAAUUUCCGAUAUAUUUCCCUGGAUGCUGGGCGUCUCACAAGUAUUUUGAGGCAGAUAAACUGCCUGUUAUCAAUUUAAUUCUUGCUGACGCCGCUCAUGGUUCUGAUGUUGUGGAAAUCAUUGUAAAGGCAUAUAAGGAUGGCUGGUAUACUCGCUUUGAUACCCUUGCAUUUGCUCUUAGCAAAUGUUUGCUGGUUGGUGCCUCACCAGUCAAGGAAGCUGCAUAUAAAGCUGCAGCUGAAAUUUGUAAAACACCAGAACAGAUGAUGCUUUUUAACAAAUUCACUAGGCUUCUGAAAACAGGUAAUGGCAGGGGAUGGUGCAAGAAUGUUCAGGACUGGUAUCUCAAAAAGGAGCCUAUGGAACUAGCCAAGGAAAUGACUCGGGUCCGUGCACGUCAUGGUCGCUCCCACAAAACGCUGCUUCGAAAAUCACAUGUGAAAAUUCCUGAAAAUGAUCAUGCUCGGGAUGCUGUCGUAAAGUAUGCGAUUUUUGGACUGAAACGAGCUAAGCAGCUGCUUGGUGAAGCGCAAGGCACAAAGGAGAUCUUCGAGUACAUUCAGAAGGUCGAGGACAUGCGUCACUGCGAGGAUGCAGUCGCGGCCGCGGCCAUUGCUACUCAAAAUAAGUUCACUUUGGACCACGUCCCUGGACAUCUGCUUACAUCUCAGGAAGUUUGGAAUGCAGUUCUGCCUCAGUUCAGCCUAGAAGAACUUCUGUACCAUAUUCAGCGUAUCCACAACAUGGGCUUUUUGACCAAUGACUCUACCACUAAUGCUAUUCUUGUCUCUCUGUUGACCAACCAAGAUGUCAUUAAGAAGUCCAAAGUCACUCCACUUGCUGUGUACAUUGCUUUGUGUAACUACAAAAAGAAGAGCAGGCCUCUGAAACACGAAAAAGCAAAAGUGGCCGCUGAGAAGGAAAUCCGUCGUCGCACUCGUCAGAUGUUCGACAGCAAGACCGGUACGUGGGAGUGGAUAGUCACCAGGCGACACCCCAAGGAGGUCAAGAAUUGGGGUAUCGACCAGCCUCCUAACCAGGCGGUGAUCGCGGCCUUGACCAAUCUCAUCGACUUGACCUGGGUGCUGACGCCGCCAACUAAUGCCCGCUACAUGAUCACGAUGGAUAUGAGACACCACAUGUUUAAAGGUCGUCACUUCUGCAAAAGCUUCGUGGUCCCGAAAAAAGUCAAGAAGACCUCAACUAAGACCACCCCAACGGCCUCCGCGGGUGGGGGGGACGGCGAACCGGAGAAGAAGAACAAGAAGCGGCUGCUUGCUGAAUGUUUUUACAACAGGCACGUCACGCCCGGACAUGCAGCUAUCAUCCUCGCCCUGCAAAUCCUGAAGCGCGAGCGCGAUGUGAAGCUGGCCGUGUUCACGGACGACGGCUUGCAGCUCGUCUCCAUCGAGAAAAACUUCAGCACCAUCGACGAGGCCGAGUUUGUGUUAAGGCAAGUGAACCUGGGCCGCGUGCAGCUUGACGCCCCGAUGGUGUACGCCGCGAACAACGACCUGAAAGUGGACGUGUUCAUCAACAUGGUGGACCGGCCCACGCGCUACAUGGAGCUGGAGGCGGCGGAGCGCGGCGGCCGCGGCCCGGGCGGCCGCUACGGCCCGCCGCCGGCCAAGGACGAUGUGCCGGACCACUGUCCGGUGCGCGCGCUGCUCAGAUACCGCCAGCAAUCCGGCAUUAUGGAUGCCAAAUUGAUCGUGAUGUCCCUGGCCUCCCACCGCGUGGGCACGUCGGACGGCAGCCACGAGGGCGUGCUGGACAUCGUGGGCAUCGACGAGCACGUGCCCAAGCUCAUGGACGCGUUCGUGCUCGGCCAGUUCAAGUGAAUGGCCGGCCUUAAUCACUAAUGUCAAUUUCCGAACGCAAUGUAAGGAACACUACUAGAAGCGCUUCUAACAGCGAUUAUAUCCACCAAAUAUUGUUAACCGUUUACUGAAUCUCAAAAUCACAGUUUUGUCUAUAAUUAGUUAGGUGUCUUGUUUUCGUGACAUUGUCUAACAUUUUCGAGAUCAAUCCUGUAACCGUCUCUACAUCAUCAUAGGAUAUGAAAUCUAAAAUCAAAUCAUCGAUCGUUCUUUACAUUGCGUGUCACCUAUCGCUAUUUGUUGAUCAUACCUUCUAUUACCUCAGUAUUGCAAUUGUUUGUAGUUAAAAUUAACAUAAACUAGAACCAGUUUUAUGCGAAAAAACUGACCGCGAAUCGAAAUCGACGGAUUUUACUUAUUUAGGUUUACACUCUUGUGACAUAUAGUUACGGCAACGGUUUGUGUCUAUGAACUCUACUAGCGAUCUCUGCAUUUGAUGAAUUUAAGAAUAAUUACUACCAGUUUACCAAAUAUUGGUGGUUCGUAUUAAUUUU